UCGUUUGUAUUUGUCACCGAAGCAUAUUGUUAUUACCUGUGUUAUUACUAGUCCCUAAUUAGAAGGGAAAGGUAUAACCGAUUAAAUUUGUUAAAAGCUGAAUAGUUCUUGAUUUGUAUGUAUUGCGUUGAUAGUUUUUUAUAGAAUGUUAUAUUUUCUACGCUAGGUACAGGUUUUUAGGAAAUAUCAUAAUUUUAUUUAGGAGAAAUGUCAGAAGCCAUAGAAAUUCGAACGAUUAUUGGCAAUAGAAAUAUUAAUACAGUGUCUGACACUCCUAUAACUGAUCCAGCAUCUGUUAGCAAGGGUUUGGAUGGAAGUAAUGCCUUUGUCUGUCAAAGAUCUAAGUUGGACACGAAAACAAGCGCAUUAAAGAAAUCUAGUCGCUAUAGAAGCCGUUCCUUAUCUGCGUCAUCUACAGACUCUUACAGUUCAGCUUCUUAUACAGGCAGCAGUUCCGACGAAGAGGAUGUCUCGCCCAGGGAAAAGAUCCAAAAAAAUUCGGCGGGCAGUUCCGACUUUUGCGUCCGCAACAUCAACCAGCACGCCUUCGGCAGGCGCGAGAUAGAAAUCGCCGAGCAAGAAAUGCCCGGCAUAAUGGCCCUGAGGAAACGAGCGGCCGAAGACAAGCCGUUGAAGAACGCCAAAAUCGUGGGAUGCACCCACAUCAACGCCCAGACGGCCGUGCUCAUCGAAACGCUGGUCGCCUUGGGCGCCAGCUUCAGAUGGGCCGCUUGCAACAUAUAUUCAACUCAGAACGAAGUCGCGGCCGCUCUGGCCGAAGCCGGCUAUCCCAUAUUCGCCUGGCGCGGGGAGACCGAAGAGGACUUCUGGUGGUGCAUAGACAAGUGCGUGAACGCCGAAAACUGGCAGCCCAACAUGAUCCUAGACGACGGCGGCGACGCCACGCACCUCAUGCUGAAGAAGUACCCGGCGAUAUUCAAGCUCAUCAAAGGGAUAGUCGAGGAGAGCGUCACGGGCGUGCAUCGUUUGUACCAGUUAUCGAAAGGUGGUAAACUGACCGUCCCGGCGAUGAACGUCAACGAUUCUGUCACGAAAACCAAGUACGACAAUUUGUAUAGCUGCAGAGAAUCGAUUAUUGAUAGUUUGAAACGUUCUACAGACGUUAUGUUUGGGGGUAAGCAAGUGGUUGUGUGUGGAUACGGUGAAGUAGGUAAGGGUUGUUGUCAGGCACUCAAAGGUUUCGGCUGUGUUGUCUACAUUACUGAGAUUGACCCGAUUUGUGCUCUACAAGCUAGCAUGGAUGGUUUUCGUGUAAUUAAACUGAACGAAGUGAUACGUAACGUCGACAUUGUUAUAACCGCUACAGGGAACAAAAACGUGGUGACUAGGGAACAUAUGGAUAAAAUGAAAAAUGGAUGCAUUGUUUGUAAUAUGGGACAUUCAAACACUGAAAUCGAUAUCAAUAGUUUACGGACUCCCGACUUGACCUGGGAGAAAGUCAGGUCGCAAGUGGACCACGUUAUUUGGCCGGACGGCAAGAGAAUUAUUUUGCUGGCGGAAGGGCGGCUGGUUAACUUAAGUUGUUCGAGUUUACCUUCGUUUGUAGUUUCCAUUACAUCCGCCACGCAGGCUUUGGCUCUGAUAGAACUAUUCAAUGCGCCGCAGGGCCGGUACAAGUCCGAUGUGUAUUUACUCCCCAAGAAAAUGGAUGAAUACGUUGCUAGUUUGCAUUUGCCUACGUUCGACGCCCAUCUGACGGAAUUAACGGACGAACAGGCGAAGUAUAUGGGGUUAAAUAAAGCAGGUCCAUUCAAGCCUAAUUACUAUAGUCGCAAUUUUCAGGUAUUAAAUAGGUUUAUUAAUUUUACGGGAAAGUAAAGUAGUAAGGCGAGUCAAUGUUGUUGCUGAAUAGUCCUAUUAGAACCAACCGAAGAUUCGAAAUCACCGUUUUGUUCUGAACGAAAGUUGUAGUUUUCUAAAUUUCACCUUUCACAUCAUCGUUGGAAAUUGGAAAAUACACCAAACAAGUACUUAGAGCCGAUUAGCAGACUGCACAUUCCCCGAACUUUAGUUUUUUUUUGCAUUUGAUAGAAUAAUCCGGAAGCUCUUACGAAUCGUUACAUUAGAAACUAACAAAAUUUAGUUAAUUGAGUGUCCUUAUUUGAGCGGUUCGUAAGCGCUUUCCGAGAACAAUAAUUGUUACGUACUUAACACCAUAAAAAAGAGAAUCUCAGAAAUUAACUUCGGCUUAUUCACGAGCCGAUUUGAAUUCUUGGCGAAAUUUUGUCCAAAAAGCCUUGUGGAAAAACGUGAAUAGGAUACAGAGUGUUGUUAAAUAUACAACUACAUGCUCAAUUACAUUACGCUUUAUAAAUUUUAAGAUCUCAUGCCAGUGCCUAUGUUAGUAUCGUAUGUUUUAGUAUCUAAUAAUUAACAAUGAAAUUACUCGAUUUGUUAGAGUCGUCGGCCGUAAUUACUGAAUUCGUUUUUUGCUGAAAAUAAUACGCAACACCCUGUAUAUACACAACAGUGUUUUUGUUUGAAUUUAUUAUUCUUUUAACACGAAGACGAAAUUUGUAUGUACUUAUAAUGUAUAGUAUUUGUAUGGAUAUUUCAAUCUCUUGCUAUAGGGUCUCGUUUGUAUUACAAUAAGCUGUUCUGGAUUCUCCAGCACAGCAGGCUGUAAUCUAGAUACCUUUGUCUUUAAUAGUAAUUUAAUAUUACUGACAGCAAAAUUUUAAAGGAGAUUUCUUGAUUAAUUAUAUUCGUUUCAUACCGAACAAUGUGAUUAAACACUAAAGCCUGAUCGAUUCGGUUGCAGUCCUCAAGGUGUUUUAUAAUUUCCUGCCAUUUAUCGUGAGAUGUAAUCUCAGUGGGGACAGUCUCCCUCCAGACGUGAUAUUCUAUUUCGUUGUUCUUGCUCGUCUGCAGUUCUCGAGACAAUCUAAUGUGCAUUGUUUUAAAGUCCCAGAAAUUCGUUAGAUACUUAAACUAUCGCUGUGCUCUUAGGCCAUUCGCGUGGCUCUACUGAAGUUUUCCGCAUUUUUUCUACGAUGUUCUACAAUACUUUGUUUGAAUUCAAGUGGAGAGACCGCCCGUUGUUCAAUUUUCGUCGAAGCGAAAAGCGCCUUAUUGCUAAUAUAGCUGUUUAUUUAAGAGUUUUGAUGUAAUAGUUUAGAAGGAAAACUGACGUAACUUUUGCCUUUAUGAAUUCCUCCUUUCGACUUAGCCUUGCGAGCGGUGUUUAGGGACUAGUUCAUCAGUAUAAUUCCUCCAUUUCUAAUGACUAUUACCUGUGAAUCUUUCUAAUCUGUUCGAUGUUAGACAUAAAUACAAACAUGGUGACAAACAGUGGAAAUAAGCUGCAGCUUAAGAUGAAGAUAAAUCGACUUGAUUUAACGUAAUGAAUUGGUUGCUUUAUCUUGCGUUAUUGUCACUAUUGUUAUCAUUGUUAAUCAGUGUGGGCAAAUUUUUAUCUACCUCUUUGAUGUGGUAAAUAUUGUAACUUCAGCAGAAACGAAAAAGCAUAUUCUAAAUAGGUAUUUUAGAUGUUACAUUGUAGUUUUGGGAGCUUUCACUGCGCAUGACUUCUUAAUACAUCUGUUAAAAAAUACGUUGUGAUGCUUUGUUAGUAUUAAGAGACCUAACCAGCGAUACCGUCAAAACUUUUCCUGUUUGCUGUUCAAAUCUAGGUUACGUUAAAAUUACUGCAGUAUUAAUUAUUUCAUUUUACGAACUCUUAAUGAAAUACCUAAGUGUUCUCUAAUUAGUUAUAAGCCCUAAAUUUUAUUUUUUAUAGCGACUACUUGUUGGUGUAUGUUUUUAUUUUAUUUGUUUUAUGUGAAUAGAAAAUAGUUGACUUUCCUAAAUGUAAUUUUAGGGAAGAAUAUGUUUAAAUAAACGCCGAGAAAUUGGU